CUCAGGAGGACUAGAUGCAACGAUGCUCCCUUCGACAUCUCCUCUGGGUUGUUAGUGACGUAUGUAACCUAUCAGCCAAUGAUGGCUCUUGUCCCAACAUGCAUUGCAUCACAAACUGCACGCGCGAACUAUGUACACCGUAGUUAAGUCGUCUUGGAAACAGCGGAGUUUUAACCUCACAGCCACACAAAGUGAAACUAAGGAGACCAGUAAUGACCACAAGUAACAACAGUUCAGUUCUUAAAGAUGUCAUUGCCUAUGUUGAUGUGUGGUCAUCAGACAAAAGAGCGAACUAUGCAAAACCAUUUGUUCAGCAGCUGCAGGAAAUGGGAGCUCAGGUAUCAAAAACAUUCAGUAAACAAGUCACACAUGUUGUCUUCAGCAAUGGUCACCCGGCUACAUGGAGGAAAGCUAAGAAAAGUGUUGUGAGACUCGUCUCUGUUCUCUGGGUAGACAGAUGUUACGAUGAAGGUGAGCGCGUGGAUGAGGAGCUGUAUCCAGCCGUUAAUGAUGAAAGCAAUCCUGUGAUGAAGAACAAGAGACAUCGUUGCAUGCAGCCAAAAGAUUCUCCAGAGAGGACACCUGAAAAUGACAGACGCAUGAAAAAGAAAUUAGACAAAAUGAUGAAAGGUCUAGCCCCAAAACAAACUCUGGUUACAGAUGUGUCGCCCAUCAUCAUCGACGAAGAGAAUGGAAUAAUCUACAGCCCUGCCUGGAAAAGAUCAGAUUAUAUGGCACAACGUUUGAAGGACAUGAAAGAGAAAAGGGAAAACAUCUCACCCACAGCAUCACAAAUGGUUGAAUCCAGCUCACCCACUGGCCUGAAGCCUUGUCUUGGGAGCACACCAACUGUCCUCAAAUUUGACCAGUCGGAUGAUGAUUCCAGCGCUUCUGUUGCUGAACCUACAUACUCACCUGAUAAGGAAGAAGGGAGAACAAAAGUUGAUGUUAAGGAUCAUAACCAUUGCACACCACGCCACAGGAAAGGCUCCAACAAACCUUGGAUCUCGCCCUCCAAUGAUGGGCCAAAACAAAUUUCAAGUCCUGUAAAAUGUCCUGACUUCAAGGACGAAGAGGAUGGAGAAGGGAUGAGACAAAAAAAGUCGAGAAGUUUCUCAGUCAGAAAAAAGCCAGCAGAGAAACACAAAGCCAAAGGUUUAUUAGAAGGUCCUAGCCAGGAUCGGAAAUCUGACAACAGCAAGCACUUGUAUAAAAACUUACCUGAUAAGGAAAAAGUGAAAGCACAAGUUGAGGUUAAUGAUCAUGAUCUUUUCGAACCAUGCCACAGGAAAGGCUCCAACAAACCACCCGUCUCACCCUGCCAUAAUGUGCCAAAACUGAUUUCAAGUCCUGUGAAAUGUCCUGACUUCAAGGACGAAGAGGAUGGAGAAGGGACAAAACAAAAAAAGUUAAGAAGGGCCUCAGUCAGAAAACAGCCAGCAGAGAAACACAAAGCCAAAGGUUUAUUAGAAAGUCCUAGCCAGGAUCAGAAACGAGGCAAGAACUUGUAUAAAGAAAAAAGGAGAUCACCGAUAAAAUCAUCUAGUCCAACACCUAACAAAUCUGAAAAGGGGAUCCAAAAGAUUAAAGCAUCUAAAUCCUUGACGGAGACUAAGACCCAUCUUUCCUCCGAUGCUGCAAACUCGUCUAGUUUAAUGUCACCACCAGUGAAACUACGUGCUGCUGCAAUUGAACUGUCAAAAGAAACUGCUACCCCAUUACAGAAAACAGCCAAACGAGCCAGAACAUCACUGUCUGCCUUGGUACGAUCUUUUGCUCUGUCCGGGGAUAGUAAAACAGUUGCCUCAGGCUCCACUGAUGGAGAUAAUGAUGUGUUUGAGGACUAUUUCUCACCAGUUAACCACAUAUCAAAAAGACCUCCUUUGCCUAAUCUACCAGUGGAGAGAGACAUUCAGAUUCCCUUUGAGUUGCAAUCUGUCCCAAAGAAGAGAAAACAAAGAAGAAGUGAAAGCAUUGGAUCUGAAGCAACCAGUAAAAAGAAAAGGAAACUGGAUAAAAUCAUCAAAGAUCAGCAAUGUGAUGCAAGCAGUGAGCCUCAAAGUCAGCCACAGCUGGAUGUUGAAGAAUCUCUGCUUGCAUUGGAGAGUCCAAGAGUUGAUGCACCUAUUGUGACUAAAAGGCAAAGACAAAGCACUUUGCCAUUUGCAAUCACCUGUACAGCUAGAAGUGCUGCAGUCAAACAGAGAAGAUCAUCUACAUCAGUACAAUCAACAAUGUUAAGGGAGCCUCAAACAAAAACGGAGCUGCUGAAAAACUCUGAUGUCAGCGUUCCUUCUCAUGCAUUGGAAAGUAGAGGAAAUGUACAUGCAGUUGCAGCUGGUUCAACAGAGAUCCCCUCUGAGGGCGAAGAAGACAACCACAAUAAGCAAAUCAGCUUGAGUCUUCAGAAGAUGGUUAACAAAACAAAGGCUAUGAGAACACUGGUCAUGACAAGCAUGCCCACUGAGAAGCAGCACACAGUGGAUCAGGUAGUGAGCACACUGGGUGGGUUUACAGUCGUUGACCGAGUUUGUGAGAGCACAACUCAUGUGGUGUCCGGGGCUCACCGGCGGACUCUCAAUAUUCUGUUGGGUAUAGCUCGUGGUUGCUGGAUCCUGUCGUUUGAAUGGAUCCUCUGGUGUUUGGAGCAAAGGCAGUGGAUUCCAGAGGAACCAUAUGAACUUUCGGAACAAUUUCCUGCAGCACAGGUCCAUCCUCUUGAACUGGAUAGUUGUAGUUGCUGCUCUGGGUUUGGCAGUUUUCCUGCUCGGGCAGCAGAAAGGUGUAGCUGCACGGCCCGUUUUGAAUCUGAUAUUGUCUCUUUCCCACGGCACUGUAUCCUGUCCCCAGACCAAGGCAGAAACUUAAAACUACAUCCAAGUGUCCUCUUGAGGUUCUGCAGAUUCCUUUUAUUACGUCUCAGUGGUAGGAGGAGAAAAAGCCAUCAGGAAUUAGAGAUCUGUCGUCUGCAGAGGCACUUGUCUGCUGGGGAGCACCAGCAGGACCUUUUCCAAGGCCAGCCAGCCAUGUUUGUGUCCCGGCACUCCCAGCCACCCACUCAGAGUCUGGUGGAGCUGAUCCAGCUCUGUGGAGGAACCAUCUGCAAAACCGUGCGGCAGGCAGGCAUCUGCAUCGGGAAAUACAGCGGCAGGAGACCAGAGGGGAGCAGGAUCCUGUCUGAGCAGUGGGUGCUGGAUAGUAUCACACGUUUGAAGCGGCUGUCAUAUGAUGACUACAACUUGGAGUGAAAGCUGUGAUCUUAUUUUGGACAGUACCUGGUCACACACCUUACAGUGUUCCUCGUGUGCAGGUUUAUCAUCUUGCUCGUGACCAGAGGCUUUACAUAAAUCCUCUGAAAAAUUCAGUUUUUCAAAGAACUUUAGUCCCUGGUUACCAUGGAAACCUGUUACUCUGAGAACUAUAAACUAUUCAACAAUGCUUCAAGUUACUGUGAAACAUUAAAGACUUAUUGCAUUUAGAUCCUUUAUUAUUUCCUUUUUUUUGUAUUUAACAAAAAGACAUGUGAUUGAACUUUGAGAUUUUUUAUAUAACAAUGUGAUCUUAAAAAUAUUUACUGAGCCAGUUUAACACUCUAAUAAAGAUCAUACACUGUAUCAUUAUAGGUAUGUUUUGUGAUUUUAUUGUUAAUAAAUACUUUGCAAAUUC